UAAGGCAUCUAAUGAUACCGGCUAGUGGAACACACUACAUAUAUAGCCAUUGCCAUCUAAUAGAAAGACAUUGAUAAUAAUCAGGAAAAAGCUAAUUUACAGAACACCAUGCUUCAAUUAAUUAUGUUGUUUGCUUUUGGUCUGAUAUUGGCCUCCGCUGAAGCCAAUCAAUCUCGAUUUGUUAAUGAAUUAGACCUUCCAGAAAUCUUACAACGACUGGAUACUCUGACGAACAGAUUUAAUGAUCUUGAAGCCAAAUACAAUCAUGGUCCGAUUGCCUUCAAAGCUAGUCUGACCCGUGCUGUCAGUCCCGGACCAAAUCAGCGCAUCAUUUUUGAUGACGUGAAGCUGAACCUUGGAAAUGCCUACAAUCAACAUCUGGGUGGAUUCGUCGCACCGUUGAACGGUACCUACUUGUUUUCUGUGUACGUAUGCUCGGCCGGUGCUCAUUACAUCGCACUAGAUCUACUUAGGAACAGUGAAAUAAUUGGUAAAGUACAGGCGGGUGAUGCUACUUAUACGGCUUGCUCCUCCGAAACAACCAUUGCCAAACUGAACGCUGGGGACGCAGUGUUUGUGCAGCACCAUGGGGGCAGUGGUGACCUGGUCCACGUGCAAGAAGAUAUCCUCAACAGUUUUACUGGCUCACUCUUACAAGUAGUUUAAUAUCACCGUUUGUGGAAUGCUUACGAUUGUAAUAAACAAAAACAAACUU